GCAGGCACCCUUGAUCCGCGCGCUGCGCCGCCGGCGGCCGGCCGCCCGCGCGAAACUCUUGCGCCGUGCGCUUGCGCCGCCCGCCGCCCACAAAGCAGCACCGGCGCAUUCCAGCACGCUCGCUCGGCACUCUUUCACCCGUGCAGCGCCGGCCUCCACUGCCUGCGUCCCACCACCACCAUCUCUCGCACCGUCACCACCGCACACGCCUCACACUCGCUUGCACGCAUCGCCUCUCCUCGGGUGCAGCUCCUGCUCUCUCACUCGCGGCGCACCCGCCACCUCUCCGCCACGCCGCCUUUCUUCCACCGCUGCGCUCCGUCCGCCAUGGCCUCGUCGUCGGCCUCGGUGUUGCACGCACGCAGCAUGUCGCUCGCCACGCGCUCGCUCGUCGCCUCCGCCCGCGCCCACCCCACGGUGGGGCGAAGCAGCGCCGGCAGCACGAGCAGUGCCGUGCGCUCGCAGGCCGACGUGCUGCGCCUCUUCUCGCCCGGCCUCGUGCGCAGCGCCGGCUACCACCACUAUGCUGCCACGCGGCGGCCGCUCGGCGUGCUCGUCGUGCGCUCCGAGGGUGCGCGCCGCUGGCAGCAUGCCGAGCCGCACCGCGACGCCGCCGCCAGCCAGCCGCCGCCGCCUCCGCCGGGCGCCGGACGCUCGCCGCAGAAGGCAGACGCUGCCAAGGCAACGUACCAGACGGCCGGCCCUGCGCCCGCCGAGCCCGUGCCGACGUCGCACAUCUCGCGCGUCGUGCCCGUGCUGCCGCUCGUCGGCGAGGAGCUGGGCUCGCCGUCGAACCAGACCUCGGCGUCGCAGGCGCAGCUCGUGGAGCCCCAGAAGAAGGAGCUGGAGGCCAAGGAGGCGGAGAAGCGCUGGAAGGAGAAGCCGCUGGCCAAGCGUGUCUGGAUCAAGGUCAAGGAGGAGGCGGCGCACUACUGGCACGGCACCAAGCUGCUGGCCAAGGAGGUGCGCAUCUCGUCGCGCCUGCUGCGCCGCCUCAUGCUCGGACAUAGCCUCACGCGGCGCGAGCACCGCCAGCUCAAGCGCACGACGGCCGACCUGCUGCGUCUGAUUCCCUUUGUGCCCUUCAUCAUCAUCCCCGCCGGCGAGCUGCUGCUGCCCGUGGCGAUCAAGUUCUUUCCCAACAUGCUCCCCUCGACGUUUGAGAGCAAGUUCGCAGUGGAAGAGAAGCGCCGCGGCCUGAUCAAGAUGCGCCUCGAGAUGGCAAAGUUCUUGCAGGAGACGAUCCGGGAAGGCGGCAUCCAGGCGGCAGACAAGGUGCAGACGUCGGACGAGUUCAAGGAGUUCUUCCGCAAGGUCCGCUCCACGGGCGAGGAGCCGUCGACGGAGGACAUUGUCAAGGUGGCCAAGCUCUUCGACGACGAGGUGACGCUCGACAACCUCACGCGGCCACAGCUCGUGUCGAUGUGCCGCUACAUGCAGAUCAAUGCGUUCGGCACGGACAACUACUUGCGCUACCAGAUCCGGCACAAGCUGGCGCGCAUCCGCCGCGACGACAUGACCAUCUCGGCUGAAGGCACAAAGGGCCUCUCGCUGCACGAGCUGCAGAGCGCGUGCCAGAGCCGCGGCAUCCAGACGCUGGGCCUGGGCGAGGAGCGGCUGCGCGAGGAGAUGGCGCAGUGGAUCGAGCUGCACCUGCACCAGCGCAUCUCGGGCAUCCUCCUCAUCCUCUCCAAGGCAUUCAACUACAUGCCGCAGGGCAGCGAGACGGGCGCCACGUCGCAGCUCAAGAGCCUUGAGCUGACGCUCAGCAGCCUGCCGGACAACCUCAUCAGCGAGGCCGAGCUCAACGUCAGCAAGGACGCGGCGACGAACAAGCAGCGUCUCGAGGUGCUGCAGCAGCAGGAAGAGCUCAUUGCCGACGAGGCCGACCAGGAGAUGGCCGAGGAGGAGGCGCGCAAGGCCGACAAGGAGAAGAAGAAGGCCGCCGCCGAGCGCGUCAAGCUCAGCAAGGAGGAGGAGGAGGCAAAGUCGCUGCUGCCGCGCGCAGAGGUGUCGCCCGAGGCGCAGGAUGCGCGCAUGACCAACGAGCAGCUCACGGAGCUCGGCGAGGCACUGAGUCUGCUGAGCGCAAAGUCGAGCGUGCUCAAGGAGCGCGAGGAGCUCGCGCAGCUCAUCAAGCAGAUGGCCGACGACUCGCAGGUCUCGGUUGCCGACCUGGCGCAGUCGGACGGCACAAAGAGCGCCGCCGACGGCAAGGAGGCGGAAGAGACGCCCGCGGCGCCGCAGAUGUCCUCCGCCACGCGCAGCCUCGCCAAGCGCGUCAAGGCGAUGCUCAAGCAGAUCGACCAGCAGCUCGAGGAGUAUGACGCGGAUGUCGGCUCGCGCAUGCACAUCAUCGAGACGUCGCCCAGCGGCAAGAUCAGCGUCGACGACGUCGAGCAGGCGCUGCGGCUCAUCAAGCACAAGCCAGAGGAGGAGAACAUCGAGGCCUUGGUCGACAAGCUCGAUGUCGACAACGACGGUCUCGUGCCGAUUGCCGACCUCGUCGAGCUGGCGCGUGCCCAGACGGGCCUCGGCCGCAUGCGCGAGGACGACGCCGUGCUGGGCGAGGUGCAGGAGCUGCAUGCCGCGGGCGAUGCGUACAAGAUGCGCCGCAAGGAGGAGCCGAAGAAGCCACGCCGAGAGGACAUCGUCGAGGAGUAAUCGGAGGAGGGAACGCGCUCGCGUGCGCGCGAGGCUUGCACAUCAGCAGGCCUCGCGUGGCGCUGCGGCGCAGCAGCUAGCAUACUUCUACACACACCACGCUACACCACAGUCACAUGUAUCUCGCCUACACACUCACUCACUACUCACUACUUGCGCUUGCGUGUGUGAUCACGUGUGGCAUUGCAUCCGGCGAGCG